AGUGCGUCUUAUAAAAAAAAAAAGAAAAUGUUUCGCCUUGUAUGCAUGGUGAUUAUUUUUGUUGACAUUUCAGCUGCAGUUUCAACCUGUGAUAAAACUGUAACCAUAGGCCGCUCUGUAACAACCAUAGACCUAGAAGACACUGCCAAGCCAAAUAUAUGCUCCUGGAAUCUACAGUCACCUAGUGAUACAACAAUAGUUGUCAAGGUAAUUGACAUCCAGUUACAGGGAGGCUUUGAUAGAGUUAUUGCCCUUGAUGGACCAUAUGUAAAUGAUACAGUUAUACAGCAGUGUGGUUUAGACUGUAACUUGAAAGGUUCAUUUUUGAUUUCCAGCAAAAACCAAAUGUUGAUACACACAAACCUUGAUGGCAAUGCAGACAUAAGAAUAGUCAGUGUUAAAGCAUGGGCACAAGAUAAUGGUGGACGAUUUUAUGACAAAGGGUAUAUAACCUUAAAAAAUAGUACAGACAAUUCUUCAUAUUACCAGCUUCAUAGUACCAUAAAGGAUCCUGAUGAAAAACUACAGAUCCAGCUAAUACUGAAUGACAGUUUGAUGUACCCUAAGUCCUCUGUUAAAGUGUAUGAUGGGAUAUCAGAUCAGGGUCCAUUGCUGGCAAACUUCAGGACAAUUGAACAGUUUGUUCCCAUUACAUCUAGCCAGCAGGAUUUAUUGAUAGUCACAGAAGGUUUUAAUGAUAAGGCACUUUACUUUGGUGGCAGUUUUGACUCUGUUAAGCCAGAUUGUCAUAAAGUAUCCUCUGGGUCAUCAGGUUCUUUUUCGUUGGACAGAAAGAAUUUAAUGAAAGGAUGUAAUUGGUUAAUAAAUCCCACGAUGUCAUCAGGUAAUAUCAUACUGGACUUAUCCUCUGUUGAUUUAUGUGGGAAUGAGACCUUAGUUAUCUAUGAAGGAUUGUCCUCCUUUGGUCAGAAACUUGGAACCAUUACCAAGAAAACACAGUUGUCCAAUUAUCCCUUGUUCUCAGCACCAGCUGCCAAUGGAUUGAGCAUAUUUUUAGGCAGACCAGCACUCAAUACAACAUGUAUAACACCUCCAUUCUCUGGUUCUUAUUGGACAGUUCCAGGUUGUACUGGUGAUCUCCAGCCUUCUGGUAUGAUUACAAGUCCAUUGUAUCCAAGUCAAUAUCCUCUGAACUCUGUCUGUCAGUGGAAUGUAAAACCUGUUGACAAGACCAAAUCCCUGUAUGUCACCUUCAACACUCUAGAUAUGAGUGGUGCAACAGCCAUCAAUGUUAAUGUCAAAUCCAAACAAGUUGCCAAUUACACAGGAAGUGCUUUGCCAGCAUCUGACUUGGUUACUAAGGUUACAAGUAAUACUACAGCCUCCAUUGUGUUUGACUCAAAUACUGGUAACCUAGGAACUGGAAUAGAAAUUCCAGGGACAGGAUUUAGCCUGUCCUAUAAAAUACUGGAAUGUGGUAGCCAGAUAAAUGCAGCCAAUGGUACUUUAAGCAGUGACACAGAUAUCCCUGAUAAUGUUACAGAAUGCAUAUGGGUGAUAACUGUGCCCCAGGCUGCAUCACAGUUUAAGAAUAGUGUUUCCUUCAAACUAAAUAUAACAGGAGGAGCAAAAGGGUACAAGAUAGAGCUGAGAGAUGGAGGUUCAGUCAGAUCUCCACUUUUGUAUUCAGGAUUAAAGUCCAUGUCUGCUGUUACAACAAAUAACAUGGUGUGGGUGCGUUAUAGCAAAAAUUCUACAGAAAAUGACUUGGCUGCUGUCAACACAUCCUUUAAUCUAUAUUUCGAUACUUUUACGAAAACCUUGUGCAAUAAAGUUUCCCAUUUACCAUACGAUGAGUAUAUUCUACACAGGAAGAAUUUUUCUGCAAAGUGCACAUGGGCCAUAUCUCCUGAGCAGACAUCAGGAAACAUAAUAUUCGAAAUAAGAUCAACAGAGUUGUGUGAAAAUGAAACACUGUAUGUGUAUGAAGGUGGUCCACUGACUGGUAGAAAAUUAGGAACUGUUACCAAGACAACACAAUUGUCUAGAUAUCCCAAAUUUUCUACAUCUGUGAAAAAAGGUUUGAGCAUGUACAUGAAAAAAGAGGGAAGUUCAUCCUGUAACUCUACUGUUGUUGUACAGGGGUCAUACUGGACAGUGCCAGAUUGUUCUGCUGACCUUGUUAGUACAGGUACCAUUAAAAACUUGACCAGUCCUCUAUAUCCAGACCAGUAUCCAUUGAACUCACUCUGUACAUGGACCACUAAACCCUUACCUGGAAACAAAACAGCAUCUGUGUAUGUAACAGUCAACAAAGUAGAUCUUAGAGAUGGUAACAAUGUCAAGGUCAUCAACAAGGGCAAGCCUCUGUCAAACUACACAGGAAGUGAACUUUUACCUGACACAGUUGCCAAGGUUACAAACAAUGUUACAGCCUCCAUUGUGUUUGAAUCUAGUGUUAUGAAUAAUGGAACUGGAUUACAAACUCCUGGAUAUGGAUUCAGCUUGUCCUACAGAUUUCUGGAAUGUGGUGCUAGUUUGAGUGCAAAGAAUGGAACACUGAGUAGUUUAACAGAUGUUCCAACAAAUGCUACGGAAUGCAUCUGGGUGAUAACUGUGCCUCCUACAACAGGCAAAACUGGAGUUAAUAUUGUUUCCUUCAAUGUAGACAUUAAAGGAGUUGCUAAAUGGCAGAACUUAGAGCUACGUGAUGGUGGAAGAUCAACAUCACCUCUGUUGAAUCAUGAUCUAUCUAUGACCAAGUCCUUAUCCUUCCUCACAAGAUAUAACGUGUUAUGGGUUCACUACAGGAGAAAUACCACAGGAGACGUCAUCAUGUCAGAUACCAAGUUCUCAUUCAAAUUGUCUUUCAAAACAUACAGCUGUGACAGUAAGCACCAGUGUAGAAAUGGUGUUUGUUUACAUCCUGACUGGAAAUGUAACGGUAUGGAUGAUUGUGGUGACAAUACCGAUGAGGCAGACUGUAUCAUGUCCUCUACAGAUAAGGGAGUAAAAGCAUGGUUGACAGCUGUCUUGUGCAUCAUCUGCUUUCUGAUUGGAGUUGUCUUGACGAUAGUACUGCCUGCCCUCUAUAAGAGGUGGAAAUACCCUAACUACAACCAACUAAAAGAUAUCAUGGAUCCAUCAAUCUCAUAAAUUGUUGAUUAGAAGGAGGUACUUAUUGGACAAUAGUCACUGAAAUAACAUUCUGGUUUCAAAUGUACUUUUGUGAGAGAAAAUGUUUGAUGAUAAAACAGAGCUAUGGUAAUUGACUUGUAAUAUAAACUAAAGUAUGUAAAUAAUAUAACAGCUGGCAAAGGAAGCUAAUAUAGGAAUGCAAAACUUAAGAUUUUUGUCUAAUGAAUUUUAACGUUGAUAAAAACUUAUCUUACAGUUUUUAGUACAGAUAUUUUUCGGUGAAAAGAGUAGGUUAUACAAUUUUGAGCUAUUUUCUAGUGUCCAUUGCAAAUACAAUGUACAUUUGAAGUAUGUCUAAUGAGACCAAUAUUUAAUUUAUGUAUAUAUUAUCUAAUACUUAUUUUGCUUAUAAACAGGUUUCUGUUAUCUGAUGUACAUUGUUUAUUGUUAAACUUAAAGAUUUUUUUGUUUGUUAUUUUUGUAUUCUACAUUACUGAUGAGUGAAGACAUGUAUGUUGUAAAUAUGUUAUGAUUCAGGUUGUCAGGUUUUGAAAUAUAAAUCGUAUUUAACUGCCCAUUUUAAAGGUUUUUUUAAAUUGUUUAUGAUUUUUUUUUAGUCUCUAUAAAUAACAGUUGGUGGCUUUUUAUCUUGAAAUCUUUAAGGGAAAAAAGUCCUGUUUUGAUAUUUUCAACAUAUCCUCUAGGCGUUUCUAAGGUAUUUUAGGGUUUUUUCCUAGCAUAAUACUUGGUCUACACAAUUUAUUUGUCCAGCAUAAUACUAUGGUACUUCUUGAUUUUACUUUUUGUUUAAUGUUUAAUAGGCGAAAGAUGCUGAAUUUUUCUUUAAUUUUUUUU